ACGGUAAACGAGUCCCAGCACGGCGCAGAGUGAGCCGUUCACCACUCAGACGUAGGUCUGUAUCAUCACGGUCGACAGUCUCGCUCCUCACCUAAAGGCGAAGUCGAAUCGCCCAUGAGACGCAGGGACCGGUUUGGCCACUCCAGACCACGACGAUCCACCUCCAGAGAGCGUGAGGGGAGGAGGCGGCGGCGGCGAAGUCGGGAUGAAGACAAGUUCAAAGGCAGUCUGUCAGAGGGUAUGAAAGCAGACCAAGACUCCUCCUCUGAAGAAGUGCUAGAGGACUUCGAUGCAGAAGAGGAGGAUGAAGAAGCUCUGAUUGAGCAGCGCCGACAACAGCGCCUUUGCCAUUGUAAAUAUAAAUCUGUAAAUGAGGACAGUAAUAUGGGCGCCAUGGCGUCAGAGCCGCAGCAGUCCUCAGAGCAGCACCCACAGUCGCUCACCUUCCCCUGA